CAGCGCCGGCAGAGCCGAGCCGAGCCGAGUCGGACGAUACCCUGGACAGCGCCUCGCCGCCGCCGCCGCCGCCAUGGAGCACCUGAAAGCUUUUGACCAGGAAGUAAAUGCAUUUGUGGACUACAUGUUCGGACCUCGAGAUGCCAGGGUUAGAGGAUGGUUCCUUUUGGACUCUUACCUUCCCACGUUUUUCCUUACUGGAGCAUACCUACUCUGCAUAUGGCUGGGCAACAAGUUCAUGAGGGACAGGCCUCCUUUCUCUCUCAGGGCUCACCUCAUUGUAUAUAACCUUGGGAUUACACUGCUCUCCUUGUACAUGCUCAUAGAGCUCAUCCUUGCCACGUGGGAAGGAGGGUACAACUUGCAGUGCCAGAACCUCCACAGCGCCGGGGAGGCCGAUAUCCGGGUAGCCAAGGUGCUGUGGUGGUAUUAUUUUUCCAAAGUAAUUGAAUUCAUGGACACCAUCUUCUUUGUACUGAGAAAGAAAAGCAGCCAGAUCACCUUCCUUCACGUGUAUCACCACGCCACUAUGUUUAACAUUUGGUGGUGUGUCCUGAACUGGAUACCUUGUGGGCAAAGUUUCUUUGGACCCACUCUGAAUAGCUUUAUCCACGUACUCAUGUAUUCUUAUUAUGGACUGUCAGUCAUCCCUUCUAUGCGCAAGUAUCUGUGGUGGAAGAAAUACCUCACUCAGGCACAAUUGCUCCAGUUUCUGCUCACUAUUGUGCACACGCUCAGCGCAGCUGUGAAGCCAUGUGGAUUCCCGUUUGGCUGCCUCAUGUUCCAGUCCUCCUAUAUGGCCACACUGGUCAUUCUCUUCAUAAACUUCUACAUUAAGACAUACCGGAAAGCACCUUCGAGAACAGCUACAAAGGAAACCCCUGUCACAACAGAAAUCAAGAACGGUUUCCAUAAGGACUACUUUGCUGCUGCCAAUGGAUUCCUGAAUGAUAAGAAAGCACAAUAAGUAUAGCAUUUCCUAUGAUUUUUUUUUCUAAAAAAAAAAAAAAAAAGAAAAAGACUGAAUUACAAGCUUUAGCUUAAAACCUAUUUGAAUACGUUUAUCAGUUCUUUGUAUCAGACGCUUAUUAAUGUACGGCUAUUUAGGUUUUAACAAAACAAGUAGAAGUACUUGUCCUGUCAAAAAUCACCAUCAGAACGAGAAGGCCAAGAUCUUUCUCACAUGAAAAAAGAAACUCUUUCCUCAUCUCUAAUGCUGACACAAAAACGCCUUAUAAAACACUUGAUGGAGAAAUCCAUCAAUGCCUUCAAAACGUUAGGACUCUGUUCAGACUAACACGCUGAGCGCUUUCCGUACCCGUGAGAGGUCUCCAGGCAAGGCUUCGCACCCGACGCAUUCAGCUAAACUGUGGUCAAGGUCAGAAAAAAAGAUGGGGAGGGGGGGAAGAUAAGAUAAUCUUACUGUUUCUAUCACCAUAACCCUCUCUGCUGCUUCCCAGCCGUUCCCCAAAGCACGUUCCCUUCUGUGGACACCAGCGAGGUGCAGCCAUCCCUUUGGUCCCAUGGGAGCCCUGGGAAAGGAUAUACCAGAGAGCAGAGCCCACGUGCACCAUCCCAGAGUUGGCAGACAGACUCAAACCUGACUCAAACACCACAAAGGCUGGCAGCAGCCUGGACUAGUAGCACGUGGGGCUGCUCCAUAUGAUAUUUAGAAUAUAGGACAUUGCCCGACAAUAAGGGGUUUUGAGCUCUAGCCAGAGCAAAACAAGUCACUUUGGAUGUGAUAAAUUAACAGGAGUUCUGACUAAAUGGAUUUUGAAAGAAACAGGAGCCCAGCAACUUAAUAAAGAUAAAUCCUUUCAGUGCAAACGUGCACAAAGUUAAUCCUAUCCAAGCACUGCUAAUCUGAAGCAAACUGACAUCCCACAUAUUAAUAGAUUGGAAGACAUAGAAAAUCUUAAAAGUGAAUUCAGCAAUAAGCAAAGCACAUUAUAAUAGGAAUUUCUGUGAUAGGUGGGCCUUAUUCAGACUGGUCUCUGACUGGAGAAACAGAUGGGACUGGGGCACAAUCCUCUGCAGGGAAAGCAAGGAGAUCCCCCUCCCCC